AAGGAAGAAAGAAAAAGAAAAACCACUUUCAAUUCCUUCCAUUCUCAUUCUUCUUCUCGCUCUUCCGCCAGUCGCCGAGGAGGGUCCAGAUCUACCUCGCCCAAGAUCGCGCGAUCUCGGCGCCCCACCGAUGCUCGCCUCCGGUCGCCUGGUCGGAGGCUUGGCCGGUCGUCGCCUGUUGCCUGGUCGGCGCUCGCCGCGGAGCUCGCUUCCAGUCGCCUGAGUCCAAGGACUUCACAUUUUUCCAAAGCUCUCCGAUACACUUACUUGAGGCCUGUGGAGUCAGCCGCCCAAGUUUCGAUUUGCAGUUUACCAUGGUCAGGGUUUUUCGGGGGAGCUCAUGAAGUUGGAAUUUCUCAACGAAGGAAGAACGUAUCCUCGGGACGUUCCCACUCUUGCCAAUCGUUUCUUCGCCUCAAAUUAUAGCAGCGUCCAAAACGAUUUAAGUUGUCGUUUCGAUUCCCUGCAGGUUCUCCCAUAGCAAAUUCCCCAAAGACAACCCACGCCAUGGCUCAGUCGGACAAUGGAUGUCAACGCAAUUGUGGGACUCGCCAACAAUGUCUUGAGUCUUACUCCAAAGAUCAUCGACCUCAGCAGAGUCGAAGCGAAUAUGGAUGCUCUGGAAAUGAAUAUGGAAACGGUGUCAGCCAGGAAGGCUGACAUAAGUUCCCAACUAGAGCAAGACGAGAGGAGACCGGGAAAGAAAAGGAAGAGAGAAGUUGACCGGUGGAUGCAAAGAGCAGGAUCGCUGGAGGAUCAAGUCCAUGAGUUAGGACGAAAAGUCAGAGAUGGGCAUUUCCUUUCUCGUCUCAUAUUGGCGUAUCAGGUGAGUGGCCUUGCGACUAAAGUGGACAAAUUGCAAGAGAAGGGUAGAUUUGAUACCGGUCUCACGCUGGAUGUGAAACCGGCCCGAGGCUAUGAACUACAACCAGGUGAACUAGUGGGACAAGCUUCUCAAACAAAAAGGGAUGAGAUCUGGGAUUGCUUGAUGAACGAAGAGUUGCUCCAAGUGGGUGUUUGGGGACAGGCAGGAGUGGGCAAAACCUUUCUUGCGAAGCAUAUACAUGAUCAGAUAGUGCAAGAUUGUUCAAGGUUCGAUGGUGCUUGUCUGGUCACUGUAUCGCAAGCAGGCACUGUCGGUACAAUACAAACUGAAAUUGCGAACUAUCUCGAACUAGAUUUGACGAAGGUGGGCUGUGUUUACUGGGGCGCAAGACUGAAGGCGGCAUUGCAGGGUAGGAGACUCCUCUUUAUCUUGGAUGGCGUUGGGAAAUAUUACUCUUUGAAAGAAGUAGGUAUAGCCCUAGGAAGAAAUGGAUGCAAAUUAAUCGUGACGUCGCGAUCGAGGGAUGUGUGCGAGCAAAUGAAUUGCCACGAGCUUGUCCAUGUAUCAACUCCUCCCGAGGAGAUAUCUCAAGGGCUGGAAGCGGAAGUGUAAAAACUAGAAUAGACGGGUUGGGGAAGCUGGAAGUGGGGGUUGUGGCGGUGGGUCUGAGGGCGUUGAUGAAUAUGACCGGGAUGUUGGCGGGCAAGAUCAUCUGUGAUUUCAUUAAGCAACUCGGGAUUUGCAGAUGGUCCCAAGUUAGAGAGAAUUUUAGAACCACCUCUCUUUAUCAUUUCCAUUUAACGUAACCCGUGAUAGUGGAAAUUUAUAUUUUCAUUUUUUUUCGUUUCUGUGUUAUUGCAGCAUUAUGACAAGCUUGAUGUUUGGACGAGAACUUACAGCUUAAAGGGUUUCUUUCUUCUUUUUUGCCUUUAUUUAUUGGGGGAGUUAUCUUGAUGGCAUAUAUGUUGACUGAGCUUAGAUUGA